AGAUGAUCGUUUUUAAAAAUGCUAGAAAAGAUCAAUAACACAUGUAGUAAAUUUUACUUCUUUUUCUUCCUUAGAAAGGAAAAAGUUGUUUCUACCCUGUUUCCACGCCAUGAAGCACCUUGUGACUUACACUGGCCAUCCCCUGUGUGAUGCUUUGUCCAUUGGUCAAGUCUCCUAAGAGAGCUGGGGCCAUUUUGCGCUCUGUGUCUGAGUUCCUUCACCCCUUGUUUUGGAUUUUUCCAGUCGGUUACUAGAGAACUCAGUCCUGUCCCUUUUGUUGACGGGUUGCCAGGAUACGUCUAGAUGACAAAGACUAAGUAAGGUUCCUGUUGCAUAGCCUCGCACAGUAUAGGGACUCCUGCAAGAGGGGACAAGAACCAAGGAGCUCCUGGCUGUUCUGCUUCAGUUUCCACCAGCCCCCUCCCAGAGGGGCGCAGCAGGCCAGGAUAGAAGGCAAAAUAGAAAAACAAAGAACAAAUGUUAUAAGAUCUUGCAGGCACCUGAGGCUUAAUGGGGACUUCCCAGUGUCCCAGGAUGCUGCCUGGCACUGAAGCUCUGAGUCAUGGUCUUGAGGCCUAAGGUGCUGCAACAAUGUGGAACCCCAGGACAGCCGCCUUUACCAACCUCAGCCCUAAGAAGCCCCAAAUGAAUCUGGGCUGAGAUCAGAGCAAGGACUAGAGAAAGACUUCUUUGUUAAUGGAAAAAGGAAAGGAAAAGAGGGUUUCCCAAAAAUCACAACAGACUUUCCACCAUUCUAAAGAAACUACCUUCCUUAUCAAUCAAGCUGUUCUACCUUGUGACUCCUAUUCUAGCCUUUUGCCAGAAACAAAGCAUGUCAAUCCUGGUGAAAAAAUAAGGAAAAACCCUCAGAAAAACAGACCUGGAACUGUAAUACUCUCAAAACGAUCCAGUAAGAAAAUCAUGUCGGAAAGCCAGCCAGGCCGACCUGUGAUCCUAUCCCGCCGGCCUGGGCUCCCCAUAUGCUAUAUCUGUGGCCGAGAAUUUGGGUCCCAGUCACUUGCCAUCCAUGAGCCGCAGUGCUUGGAGAAGUGGCGUAUUGAAAACAGCAAGUUGCCCAAGCACCUGAGGAGGCCAGAACCCUCCAAACCACAGCCUCUCGGCGGCACUGGGUCCUACAAUCUUCAGGCAGUGAAUGAGGCAGCGUUCCAGAGUUCUCAGGCUCAGCUGCUGCCCUGUGAAUCCUGUGGCCGCACAUUCUUGCCAGAUCGUCUUCUCGUUCACCAGAGAAGUUGCAAGCCAAAGGGAGAGGGGCCCAGAGCACCAAACCCCAACAGUUCUGCUGAUCUUACUGGUCUUAAGAAAGCUUCUGGUGGCAUCCCAGCUCGACCAAAGACUGUCAUCUGCUACAUUUGUGGCAGGGAAUUUGGCACCCUCUCCCUCCCUAUCCAUGAGCCCAAAUGCCUGGAAAAGUGGAAAAUAGAAAAUGACCGUCUCCCCAGGGAGCUCCGGCAGCCACUCCCACAGAAGCCUCAGCCCCUUGUUACUGGAGGGGGGCCAAGUCAACCUCAGCUUGUGCCCUGCCCAAAUUGUAGUCGGACCUUUGCCCCCGACCGCCUACUGGUACACCAGAGAAGUUGUAAAGCUCAACCGAGUGGGCCACAUGUUCAGAACUUGACCUUAGGGAGUAAAGGUGGCUUAAAAGAGUCCACUAAUGUCAAGCAGCAAAGGAAUACAGCAGCACCCACUGUGACUGAUAAGCCAAAAAUGAUUAGGCGUCCACCAACAAUCAUUUGCUACAUUUGUGGUCGUGAAUAUGGAACAAAAUCGAUUGCCAUCCAUGAGCCACAAUGCCUGAAAAAAUGGCACAAUGAAAACAACUUGUUGCCUAAAGAGUUAAGGAGACCAGAACCUAAGAAACCUGAAGUCAGGACCAUCAGUGCCAAAGGUUUCUAUGAUCUCGAUGCCUUAAAUGAAGCUGCUUGGACAAGUGCCCAGAGCCAGCUGGUUGCCUGUAAUAUUUGCGGGCGCACCUUCCUGCCAGACAGACUGAUUGUUCACCAACGAUCCUGUAAACCAAGAGUUGCCAAGUAAAGCCCUUUCUCCCUAUGAAAGUGUUACAGGAAUUAAGUCCUUUCGAAAGAGAUGGGUGUAUGGCGGGAAAGAGAGAAAGUUGGAGAGGAAAAGAACAAUGGGAAGUGGGACGGGUGCAUGACGACGGUGUGGCAUGGGGAGCCCAGUGUGUUGGUGGUAGGCAUGUGACCACUGUAUGGUGGGCGAAUGCUUGUGCACAGAUGCACCGGGGGCCAGCAGGGCACACUUUUGUCAGGCAGAACUUACAAGUGGGUUACCCUUCACCAGACCUGGCAUGUUUGUGUCAAGGAAAUUUCAGAGACAAUUGUUACCAUUUUCUUCCCAUUUUAUUUUCCUGAGUGAAAUUUUGACCCUCACAAACAGGAUUAUUAUUCAGUGAACAGAGGCUUUGGGUGGCAAUGUCGGGCAACUCCU